AUGCCUUCCAAAUCAUCUUUAUUAAUCUUGAUUACGUUCUUUUUCGCGCAUGCAACUAGUUCUCGACAUCUUAAAGAGGAGAAUCAUGGAGUUAACGUGAAUUUCGGCUCGAAUUCGAAGGGUACAAGUGAUUGUAGCAGGAUCAUCGCUAGCAUGAGGCCGGUCAUCACGUCAAAAUCAAAGGAAGAUCGGUUGUGUUCAGUUUGCAAGAAAAACAAUGGCAGCUUGGAGGUAGCACAUAAUAAACCAGGUAAUCAAAAUGGUGUAACCACCAAUGGCAAGGCCCUGCAUAAUGCAACAGAAACAGAGGUUUUGCGACGACUCAAGGUUGGACACAAGGUUUUGCAUUCUUCAAUUUUGAGUGAAGAAGAUUUAAUGGAGACCGAUUAUCAGCCUCCUCAUCGAAAAUCCCCUAUUCAUAACUAA